UUCCACGCGACCGUCUAUCCCUGCCCCGAGUCGGCUGCUGACCGCCGGACUAUGCUAAUGGACGUGGUGCAGAAACUGGACGACCUGGAAACCGUCCUGACGCAAACGCAACAGCAUCGUCAGCGAAUUUUGGAGGCGGCGGCCAAAAACCUCAACAGCUGGUUCAUUCGCGUGCGCAAAAUGAAGGCCAUCUACCAUACCCUGAACCUCUUUGAUCUGGAUGUGACCACCAAGUGCAUGAUUGGCGAGUGUUGGUGUGCGGUUUGCGAUCUGGAUCAGAUCAACCUGGCUCUCUGCCGUGGUAUGCAACGCUCCGGCAGCACAAUUCAACCGAUCCUCAAUCACAUGAGUACCAGCGACAAACCGCCCACGUUUCACAGGGUGGAUAAAUUCACCUCCUCCUUUCAGAGCAUAGUUGAUGCCUAUGGCAUCGCGCGUUACCGCGAAGUUAAUCCGACACUCUUUAAUCUGGUGACUUUCCCCUUCCUGUUUGCUGUGAUGUUUGGUGAUGCCGGACACGGGCUGAUUAUGUUCCUCUUCGGUCUAUGGAUGGUCCUCUGUGAGCGACAACUUUUGGAAAAGAAAAUCAAGGCCGAACUGUGGGAUACGUUCUUCGGUGGGCGCUAUGUCAUACUUCUCAUGGGUGCCUUUUCCAUUUAUACGGGUCUCAUCUACAACGACAUCUUCUCAAAGUCGGCAAACAUUUUCGGUUCUUCCUGGUAUCCCGUCUACGACAAGAGUGCUAUUUUCUCAAAAAGCGUGCUGCAGUUGGAACCCAGAGUGAGCGAAAACAUCAGCCAUCAAAUGUACAGCGGGCAGCCCUAUCCCUUCGGCGUGGAUCCCAUCUGGCAAAUUUCCACCAAUAAGAUCCCCUUUGCAAAUUCUCUGAAGAUGAAGAUCUCCAUUAUUCUGGCUGUCCUGCACAUGGUAUUUGGUGUCGUUUUGAGCCUCUUUAACCACCGGUUCUUCAAUGACCGCCUGGAUAUUUGGUGCGACUUCCUGCCAAAACUGAUUUUCAUAUCUUCCAUCUUUGGCUACCUAGUUGCCAUGAUCUUCUACAAGUGGGGCGCCUACACUGCCAUGGAGGCCUCCACUGCUCCGAGCCUGCUUCUCAUGCUGAUCAACAUGUUCCGCUUCAAUUACGAAGUCAAGGACAGCCCUGGAGAUCCCUUCUACGCUGGGCAGGCCAAGGCAUUUGCUCUGCCAGCGAAUGUCAUUUACCUAAUAACUGUCAUUGUGUAG